AUGAGACUCGCGAUCACGACAGAAACAGGUCAACUCCACAAUUUGGAAGUGGAUUCGCAAAUCGAAUUAGAAAAUAUCAAAGCAUUAAUUGAAGCCGAGACAGGAAUACCACCAGCGGAACAAAUUCUUUCACAUUGCGGACAAGUAAUGAUGGAUCCAAAAAGAACACUUGAACAAUAUGGAGUAGUGCAAGAUGAAAUAUUAUAUCUUAAAAGAGAUACCCCAGCUUCGGUUGCCACCGAAGCACCUGAAUUAGAACAAUUGCGACAUACAUUAUUGAAUGAUAAUCAGAUGAUGCAACAAUUACUUCAGAAUACACUUAGUACAGAUCCUUUCGACAUUGAAGCUCAAAGAAGAAUUGAAGAGGAAAUAAGACUCCAGAAUAUAAAUUCUAAUAUGGAUACUACUUUAGAAUAUUAUCCUGAGGCUUUUGUAAUGUUGUACAUAAAUGUUGAAGUAAAUGGACACCCAGUAAAAGCCUUUGUAGAUUCAGGAGCUCAAGCCACUAUUAUGAGUCCUCAGUGUGCAGAAAAAUGCGGGUAA